AUGCAGGGUUUUAGCCUAGUACUCGUGCAACACAAGGAUAAAGACUUCCUUGUUGCAUUUGGGGGAUCCAAAAAAGAGCCAUCAAAUCAGGUGGAAGUGUUGAUAACAGAAAAAAAUGAAUCAAGAAGGCAACCAACUUCUACCAAAGGUCAAAGAUCUGUUCUACUUGAAAAACAUUCAUUAUCUGCUGGAUUGGCUUCUCAACUAAAAAGAGACUCUUCCCAACAUUUGAUCAACUCUGUUGGUCGACAAAGUCUUGCAUCUGCAAUUGAACAUGGUUUGGAAAGGAAAUCUCUGUCUGAAACCCUGCUUGAAAAAGAUUCCAAUUCCCUCCCUACCAACAUCUCCCUUCGCAGGCAAUUUGAUCAUGAUGAAGAGUACAAUCCAGAUGUCAGGAUUGACAGGCAUUCAGAAGAUGAAAGUUUUUUCCCUCGGGCUGCUGAUCAUAGAACAAAUAAAAAUGACCCUGGAAAUCACAUGAGCUCAAGUGGAGCCAAGACCAUCAUGGAGGAACAGGUGUCAGUAUCUGGAAAUUCAAAUCAACAAAACCUUGGCUUUGGAAACCCUUUGCUAGAAAGUGAUGAUGUGUCAAAUCAAUCGGGAUCACUGUCCGCUGCUUCAAGCAUCUAUCAUUAUUAUGAAACUAAAGUGGCUUCCCUUCUGAGAAAAUUUGGCAUUCUGGAGGGACAAUUGUCAGCUGCAUUAGCAAGCAGAGAAGCUGCUGAGAAAAGCUUAGCAUCUGCCUUUAAAAGCAGGCAGGAGAUGGAGAAAAAAUUGGCUGACACACUGAAGGAGAUGGAAUUGCUGCGAGAGAAACUGGUGAGUGCAGAGUUAGCUCAAGAAGAAGCUAACAACCUAUCCAAUAUGGUCCAUGCUGACAAUGUAAGGCUUGAGCAUGAUGUGGCUUUCCUCAAGGCUAUUUUAGAUGACACUCAAAAGGAAUUGCACUCAACCAGAGGGGUCCUUGCAGCAGAAAGAACCAGGGCAUUCCAAUUACAGGUUGAAGUUUUCCAUCUCAAACAGAGACUUCAAUCAAUGGAAAAUCGAGCCCCUACUCCUAGGAAACCGUUUCACGUAUAA